AUGGCAGCACUUGAGAAUGAAAGCAUUACAACACAACCUAAGAGAGGAUUUCUUCAACUGGAGAACAAUGAUGCAAUCUUAGCCGAGCAGAAACUCAUCGCUCAGCAAAUUGAUAUUAUGAAUAGCAAAUUUGAAAAAUUUCAAGCUUCUGUAGUUCAAGCUCAACCAGUAGCAUGUGAGUAUUGUAAAGGAGAGCAUAAGACUAAUGAGUGUAAUGCACUCAUAAGAGCAGAUCCAAUCCAAAAUCAUGGGGGUCUUGAUUACAAGUCAUCACAGUAUUUGCAACCUCCACCAAUCCCACAGAGUCAUACUUCUGAAUUAGAAAAGACAUUAAUGCAAUUGACCAAGACUUCUACAGAAUAUAUACAGAGCACUGAUGCCUUCAGGAGUGAUACAACCAUAUUCAUGCAAGACACCAGAUCCGCUUUUAGGAAUCAAGAAGCAUCUAUAAGGAAUAUCGAAACUCAAAUUAGGCAGUUGUCAAGACAAGUAGCUGAGAGAAAUCAAGGAACAUUCCCCACUGACACCAUAGUCAACCCGAGCGAGGAUCUAGAAAAAGUGGAAGCUUCUAUAAGCAAGAAUGAGCAAAAUCAAGAAGACAAGGAAGAAGCCAAGGAGCAGCCUCCUAAAGAAUUGCAAAUUGACAUUCCUUUUGCAGAAGCUCUAGAGAAAAUGGCAUUCCUGAAGGAGACAUUAUCUAAGAAGCGGAAUCUCACAGAGGAUGAACCUGUUAUAUUAACAGAGGAGUGCAGUGCAAUCAUACAGAAAAACUUGCCUCCAAAGUUGAAGGAUCUAGGGAGCUUCAGUAUUCCAUGUACCAUUGGCAAGACGACUAUAGAGAAAGUCUUAUGCGAUCUUGGUGCUAGCAUUAAUGUGAUGCCACUAACCUUAAUGAAGAAGAUGGGAAUUAAUGAAGUGAAGUCAACUAAGAUGAAUGUUCAAUUGGCCGACCACUCAAUAAAGCAAGCACAUGGUAUUGUGGAAGAUGUGCUCGUCAAGGGUGAGUUGAUAAUGCGCGUGGAUGGAGAACGAGCAACAUUCAAGGUACUUACAAAUGAAGCUCUAUUGCUUACAUCUCAACCUAAAGAUCAAGUUAACUACAUUGCAAGGAAAAAGUUUGAGGAAGGGAACAAGAAUAAAAUCCAUCAACCGUAUGAAGAACGCAAGCCAAAGGUUAAGAUAGAAAAACUCAAAAGCAAGGAAAAGCAUGUUAAGACUAAGUUUAAAGUUCCUGAGAACCCUCCUCCUCAUCCACAUGCAUAUGAGUAUCACCAUGGCAGGACACAAAUUCUGAGCAAGGGUAUGGUGUCGUCACUGAGCCCGAGCUACUAG